AUGUCUCGUCCCACCGCUGUCUGGCAUCUCAGGCCCGCCGCUUCAAACUUCUCAGUCUUACGGCGGACGACGGCUCGUCAUGUGUCGAGCAAAAUCAGACAACCCCGCCCAUGGGCCGAGGAAAACGUUCCACCUGUAGACCCUCGACCGUCCUGGGUCUUUCCGCUGUUCAAAAUCGCUAACUAUGUCGUGAUACCUGGAACCCUCCUCUAUGCGGUUUUCUUCGCCGACUUUGGAGAGAAGGAGCAUGUCUUCAUGCCGGCAAGGAGAUGGUUCGACCGUCAGAAAGCUGCAUUCUUCUCCCUAUCGGAUGAAGAACGUCGAAUAGCGGAGAUAGACUUAGCGUCAGGCGACAAUAAGAUUGUGACCCGAGAAGUUCGGCCGUGA